AAUACUUCGGUAACUUUCACCGUAAGAGUGGGAAACAAACUACACGAUCUACGUUCGAAUCCCAUCUGCAACACGUACACAGGCAAAAUAGAGGAAAAGCGCAUGUUGCUCUUUCUCUGCCCGUUUAUGACAAUAGGAGCAUUUGUGAGUGUUCAUCUAGAAGCGCCCAUCUCAACCUCCCUGUCUAUCUGCGAAAUCCAUGUGUACACAGCAGAAGCGUUAUUAGUACAGCAAUGUCCUGUAUUCGAAGAAGAGCCUUCAACAGGUGCUACCUACCAAGGCAAGUGCUAUUUCUUUCACAGCAACCAACCCAGAUCGCUGGAAGACGCCACUAAGUUUUGCGCCCUGCAUGGAGGUAGAAUAAUACAUCAUAUGAUGCUAAGUUUUGGCAUAAGAGCCUUUUUCAUGUGGGAGUUGUACAAACGCCACAAAACAAACUACGAAUAUUGGAAUGGAGUCGCCAGAGAUCGUGUGUCUAAGAAAUGGACGUUGCUAGAAGGUAACUGAUCCUU